CAAAGGACCAAAAAUAAUUAUUCAUCCAUCCAUCCGUUGCCGACUAGUGGACCCCACGGUGCCCCCCACUGUGGGGGCUGCAAUGCAAAGAAGGGGCUGCCAUUGGGACUUCCUAUUCGUAUGGCUUCCUUAGAGGCUGAUGGUGCCCUCCUUCUGCCCUAAGGGUGCCCCCCAUUUUUCUUGCUUGCACCCCCCAAAAAACAGGCCAUGCUUUUCCUAGGCAGCGCCUUCUUGCACCCACAGCGGGGCUGCUGCGCCCCUUUCCUCGCUUUCGGGGGCUUCUUUCGGUGGUCUUCCUCUUCCUGCAGCCCCGGCCUCAGGCGGCUCCGGGUCUUGGUCGACAUGGACGGGGUCUUAGCCGACUUUGAAGGGGGCUUCUUGAAGAAAUUCCAAGCCAGAUUCCCAGACAUGCCUUGCAUCCCUUUGGAGGACCGGCGCGGAUUCUGGGUCUCCGAACAAUAUGGACAGAUCGAGCCCGAGCUCAGCGACAAGGCGAUCAGCAUUUGGGAGUCCAAGGACUUCUUCCUCGAAUUGGACCCGAUCCCAGGCGCCGUGGAAGCAGUCAAGCAAAUGGCAAAGUUGGAAGAGACCGAUGUCUUUAUAUGCACAAGUCCCAUCAAGAAAUAUCGUUAUUGCCCCUAUGAAAAGUAUGCCUGGGUGGAGAAGCAUUUGGGCCCGGAGUUUCUGGAGCAGAUUGUCCUCACCCGGGACAAGACGGUGGUCUCCGGAGACGUCUUGAUCGACGACAGGCCCGACGUUCUAGGAGCCGAGAAGCGGCCGACCUGGGAGCACAUCCUCUUCACGGCGUGCCAUAACAAGCACUUGGAGCUGCCUUCAUCCCGUCGCAGGCUUCACUCCUGGGCCGACGACUGGAAGGCCAUCCUGGACAGCAAGCGGCCCUUGUAGUCAAGCCAGGGACCCGGAAAGAAGCAAAAGGUUUGGCCGGCGUUGGCUCCCAAACCACAUCUAUGGCACUCAAAGGCAGGAAUAGGAAUGAUCAACGUUCUUGGUCCAAAACAAGCCAAGGAGACCUCAGGACAUGAACUCUUAACUCCGGCCUGCUGCCAGGGUCACAGAGCUGGGAAUGAAAGUUACGGAGACUGGGGGCCAACUCAGGGCAGGCCAUGUUUGCCAAAUGCUCUUCUUUUGCCCAGAUCUGUUGAUGUCAACACAUGGGUUGGAUCAUUCGAGUACUGUUUAGAUUAUCUGUGGCUUCCCAAAAGAGGGCAGCAUUGGUACGCUUUCUGCUCCCAACGAACAUGCCUCCAUUUACGGAGCUGAACGGGACACAAAGUGAGACGCUCAGGAAAUAUGAGUUGUCAGGAACCCAUAGAUAAAUCGUCUUUUCAGACCUCAUAUUCUCAAUUGGAAACCCCAAAAAAGUGUGAAUUGUUUGCAAAGGGGAACGUCUUCUGUGUUGUUCUGUCCAAAAUGGCACCAAAGGCAAUCUGGAGAGCUCAGAACUGGGCCCAGGCGUAACUGUUAGCUGUUUCAAAAGAAGGACCGAAAUACAGCAGAUUUCCCAUAACUGGUAGUGUUAUUGAGAAAUAAAUGGGAAUGAGAAAAAAAUCUGUGUCUGAAUUGAA